AUGAAGUCUGUGUUUCUCCAGCUCCUGCUAUUGUCCUGCCUAGUACUGCAGUCAGUAGCUGGGAAAACCAAGAGACAUCAUAAGAAGUACAUCUUGGAUCCUCCACCCUGCAAAUCUGCACCCGAAAGCUGUGACCGAAUCUGUAUACAUAGUAAAGAUUGUCCAGAAGGACUUGAAUGCUGUUCUUCGUUCUGUGGAAUAAUCUGUUCAGAGAACAAAAAACCAAAGAGAAGGAAGCAAAGAAUGUUUAAGGUCCAGUCUUGA